AAAAGAAGUGGGGAAGAACCGAGCACUGCGCCCAGUGCUCGGUGGCAGUGUCGAGGGAUGGCGCUGACCAUCAAGACAAAUCUUGGCCCACUCAAGGUGGAGCUGUUCUGUGCUCAGACGCCCAAGACCUGUAAGAACUUCUUGGCCCUCGCGGCGUCAGGAUAUUACGACAACACCAACUUCCACAGAAACAUCAAGGGAUUCAUGAUCCAGGGUGGUGAUCCUACGGGCACCGGCAAGGGCGGUCAGAGCAUCUAUGGUGGUUACUUUGAGGACGAGUUUGUCUCGACCUUGAAGCACGAGAGAAGAGGCUGCUUGUCCAUGGUGAACACUGGCCCAAACACCAACGGCAGCCAGUUUUUCAUCACGUACUCCAGACAGCCUCACUUGAACGGUGUGUACACCACCUUUGGCAGGCUGAUAGAUGGUUUGGACACCUUGGACAAGAUGGAGAAGGAGCCGAUCAACGCGAAGAAUCGACCCAUGAGACCCAUCAAGGUGGAGAGCAUCAUCAUCCAUGCCAAUCCCAUCGCAGACGAGGAGGCACAACAAUGAGCGAUGGGGCCUUGUACACAGAGGACGUGGUGGGACAAGUAGGGGUGGAGAAGACAGCUGGGUGUC